UUUGCGAACCACUAUCGAUGUUUGAGUGCCGAUAGUAAACGAUAGUGGCAAGCUUGCACAUCUUUACUUUUGGCGAACAACUGCGGAGAUCUACACGUGAAAGUUAAUAUUGGUGUUGGCGGAGAAAAUGGACAAAUUUUUGCAAGGCGAAUACGAUAAAGGCAUAAGUGCAAAGAGCAAGUCGGAGGAGGACGAAAACCAGGUGAAACGAAUAGGGAAGUCCAAAGUGUGGAACCACUUUAAAAAGUCCCAAGAUGGCAAGACGGCAAGUUGCAUGCACUGUAAUAAAGUUUACAAAACGAGCGGAAACACGUCAAACUUGUUUGACCAUAUGAAACGACUCCACCCGGGAAUUUCAAUGGAAGAGCAACAAAAGCGCGCGAAUACGAUUGUACCCUUUUUGUUUAACCAGUACGAUCGAGACUCGUCACGUAAAAAACUUAUUGACAACGCUUUGGCUGUUCUUGUGUCGGCAGAUAUGCAACCUUUUUCAAUUGUAGAGGAUUCCGGAUUUCGCGAGUUUGUCAGAGUUCUUGAUCCACGAUACACACUUCCUUCGCGAAAGACUCUACAACAUGUAUACAUGAAGAAUAUAUUUGAAGACUUGAAAACAAAACUUUUUACAAUAUUGGACCGCGUUAACAGUUGCGCCAUUACUGCAGACCUUUGGACUUCAAAAGCCAACGAGUCGUAUAUUACUGCAACUUGCCACUUUAUAACAAAAGACUUCGUUUUGCGCUCAGUUGUAUUGGCCACAAAGCCGUUAUUGGAUGACUCUAAUCAUUCGGCUCAAAACAUUGCUUCUUCAUUGCGUGGCAUUUGUGACGAAUGGAACAUUUUUGACAAAAUAGCAGCUAUUACAACGGACAACGCUAACUCUAUGAUCAAAGCUUGUGAGUUUUUACAAAAAAGACAUCUACCCUGUGUUGCUCACACCAUAAACCUGGUUGUGCAAAGCUGUUUGGCGAUCGAUUGCUUACAAGACAUUUUACUUAAAUGCAAGCGAAUUGUCACAUACUUUAAAAGCAGCUCAAUUGCACUUAGUAAGUUUAAAGCGUCGCAAGAAACGGACAUUAAAUAUAGCUUGAUACAAGAAGUGCCCACAAGAUGGAACAGUGCCUAUCACAUGAUAGAAAGAAUACUACUUACAAAUGAGGCCAUCUCGAAAGUACUUUUAAGUACGUCUAAAGCACCAACACCAUUCACUGCGGACGAAGUCGCAAUAUUAAAAGAUAUUGUUCAGUUACUAUCUCCGUUUGAUAACGCUACAAAACAGGUAUCUUCCAGUACUUCAGUUACAGCAUCGCUGAUAGUUCCAAUUGUUUGUGGAUUAUUGCACACUUUGGACAGCUUCAGAUUGAAGUUAAAUUCAUUUGAAGGCAUUGAAGCUCUAAAUUGUUUAGUUGAUCAAGUAAAAAAACGACUUUUGGGCUAUGAAAAGCGCACCUUUCCAAAAAUGUCAACUCUUCUGGAUCCAAGAUUUAAAAAGCAAGGUUUUCGUUCGCCCUUUAACGCCGAUGAUGGCCUUCAUGCAUUAGAAAACGAGCUAGCUGCCUUAAAAACACCAACAGAAAAGGAAUCAGACUGCCAGCAGCCUCUUUUUGAAUUUGUUGUUAAAAAUAUUUCUACUUUGGGGAGGACAAACCGGGUCGAUGCCAUUGUUGAACUUCAACAGUACAUGCGAGCGGCACAUUCACCUCAGCAAACAGAUCCUUUAAAGUUUUGGAAGGGCGCUCCAGAUGAUUCUCUUCUUAAAACUACAGCUGAACGCCUUUUUUGUGUGCAAGCAUCAUCGACUGAGUCUGAGAGGAGUUUUAGUAAAACGGGACAAAUUAUUUCUGCUAGGAGAGCAUCACUAAAGGCCAAAAACGUGGAUAUAUUAUCCUUUCUCAAUAAAAAUAUGUGGAUCUCAAACUAUUCAAUCAAUGAAUAGUUAGCUAGUUACACUGAAGACUAAUACUGUAACAUGAGUUCAAUGCUAUAGCCUCAACGGUUAGUAUUUUCUGUUCUAAGUUAUACCUGCUAAAACCUUAGACUAGGUUAUAGCAUGUGUAACUCAAAACAGAAGAUACAAACCGUUGAGGCUAUAGCAUUGAACUCAUAUUACAAUAUUAGUCGUCAGUGUACAAAUUUAGAAUAUAUUAACCUAUUCAUAAGAAUCUUUUGUGAAUUAUUUCAUUUCUUCCUUUGUUAUAAGCGACUUCAUAUGAUUAUGAGAUUUUGUUAUGUUUUGUUAUUCGAAUAAAGAAUGGCCUUUAA